CUAGCCUAAUUGUACUCGCCUAAUUGUGGUGGCAGGGGUUGAGACAUAGCUCCUGGCCCUGCUUCUUCACUGAUCGCUACUAGGUUCUCUCUCUGCUCCAUAACAUUUAUCAUGCCUUGUCUUAAAGCUAUGUAUGGUUCCUGCCUCCACUACUUCACUUGCUAGACUAUUCCACUUCCUGACAACUCUAUGACUAAAGAAAUGCUUCCUAACGUCCCUGUGACUCGUCUGAGUCUUCAACUUCCAAUUGUGACCCUUUGUUGCUGUGUCCCCUCCCUGGAACAUCCUGUCUCUGUCCACCUUAUCUAUUCCACGCAGUAUUUUGUAUGUCGUUAUUAUGUUUCCCCUGACCCUCCUGUCCUCCAGUGUCGCCAGGCCGAUUUCCCUCAACCUUCUCUGGAACUAUCCUUUUCGCAAACCUUUGCACUUUCUCUAAUUUCUUGAUGCGCUUGACCAGGUGUGGGUUCCAAACUGGUGCUGCGUACUCCAGUAUGGGCCUGAUGUACACGGUGUACAGUGUCUUGAACUAUUCGCUACUGGGGUAUCAGAACGAUAUUCUUAAAUUUGCCAGGCGCCCAUAUGCUGCAGCAGUUAUCUGGUUGAUGUGCGCCUUAGGAGACGUGCUUGGUAUUAAACUCACCCAAGAUCUUUUUCCUUGAAUGAGGUUUGCAGUCUUUGUCCACCUAUCAUAUGCUCUGUUUGCGAUCUUCUUUGCCCUUCCCUGAUCUUCAUGACUUUGCAUUUGGUGGGGUUAAAUUCGAGAAGCCAGUUGCUGGACCAGGUGUCCAGCCUGUCCAGGUCCCUUUGAAGUCCUACCUGAUCCUCAUCUGAUUUAAUUCUCCUCAUUAACUUCACAUCAUCUGUGUUGUGUCUCCUGUGUUGUGACUCCUGUGUUAUAUGUAAAAGUUGAGAUGUCCAGGUUGUGUCGGCGUGGUGCCAAAAGCCGUUCACCCCGCCAACGUAGUAUGGUUGAUUUUUUGGGGAAUUCUCCUACUGUGUCAAAUAAUAGAAUUCCAUUCAUUCCUCAAGUUGAAAAGUUUUCUAAGCCUGUUGCGAAAGUAUCCCCCCAGGCUAUUAAUGUGGUACCUGAAUCAGCACAUUCCACUAACUUCAUUCUCAUAGAUGAUGAUUUUGAUGAUAUCUGUGAUUUUGAGUUGGAUGCUUCCUUUAAUAAAGGAAAAUCUGAAGGAACUAAGACUAUCAUAGAGAAAACUAGAGAGGAUGAAGAUGAUAUAAAACUUGUGUCACGAAAGAAGAAAAACAAACUUAUUAUUAGCUCUGAUGAUGAAACUGAUCUAGAGAACACCAUAGAGGAGUUCUCACCAACGAAGACAGAAGAGGUUACUGUUCCUCCCAUGACAAAACCCAAGAUCAACCCACUAGAAAUUCAAAAUAAGCUUUGUCAAGAAAAUGAAAAUAUUUUUAACAAUGUUGGACAGUCACUAUACAAAGCUAAAGGAAAUUUUGAUGAGAAGACAGUUAAAGGAAAAGUUGUUGAUUCUGACUGUAUUUCUAAUAAAGCUCCUGUCAAAUUCACAAAAGCUUCCAAGUUAACAACAGCUUACAGACUCGUUACUGAUGAGCCAAGUGACACACAAGUGCAUGACUUCUUUCAUUCUUUGGACCAGGAGGCAGAUGUGGAUUACAUAGAAUGUGCACCGCUCUCCCCACCAAUUGUGGGUCUGAAUACUCAGGCAGUGGAUGACAUCUUUACUCCAGCAGCUGUGGACGAAACUUUCCCUCGUAGUUUUGAAGACAGUAAAAAUGAAAGUAAGUUGCAAGAGAUAUCCAGAAAUCAUCUAGAUGACAUGAAACUCUCUACUAAACCUACAGUCUUCAAGCAAUCUACAGCAAUUCCAGUCAUUGCAGAUGUAUCAUCUGCAACUCCCUCUGCAUCCUUAGACAUUGCAAAAAAAUGUUCUACAGUACCUGCAAUUAUAAAUAAAUCUAUUGUAACCUCAGCUACUCCUAAGCAGUCUCUUGUAAACCCGGUCAGUGAAAAUCAAUCUCCCGUAAUCCCAGUCAUUGCAGCUGUACCCUCUGAAAGCUCAUCUGCUCCUCUAGUCACUGAAAAUCAGUCUUCAUCCCAAAUCAUUGCAAACCAAUCUUCAGCAGUUAUAGCUGAUAUAAAUCUACUUGCAACCUCCACGUUUGCAAAGCAGCCUUUUGGAAAUCCAGUUAUUGCAGAUCAAUUACCAACAGCACUAUUCACUGUAAAUCAGUCUGCAAAUCCAGCAGCUGAAUGGCAGUCUCCUGUAGAUAAAGAUAUUGCAAAUCAUUCUGCAUCCUCUGUUAAAACAAGUCAUUGUUUGGUAGCUAAACAAGUUGCCACCCACAUAGCUGCUAAUGUGUCAUCAGAUAUAGUUGAAUCCAGCUCUACACUGCAAGACACAUGUCUAUCAUCUACCACUGUGGAAGUCGCAAGACCAUGUGUGUCUGCAGUACCAAGUGCACCUCCUUCCACAUCAAUGACUGAUGCAGCUGCCACUCCACCUGCACAUCAACAUUUUGCUCCUUCAGUUACAAGCCGACUUUGUCUUCCUACAACCCAUGACCUUUACUCUUCUACCUCAGAUGGUUUCUCUAUUGACCAGAUUUUAAAGCAUCCACUUCUUAGGAUUUCUCAGCUAGAAGAGGAAGACUUAGCUAUCAUAAGUACUUUAAAGUCUUCAUUGUUCAACUUGAUGGCUGAGAUGUUUAUGAACAUUCCUGCUGAUGUUCUUCGACAAGUUCCGAAUUAUGAUGUUAUACAACACUUGAAAAUUGUUAAUGCCCUUACUAAAAUAAAAAAACUUUCUGAAAAGGAAAAGGAAUUCAAAUUAAAAUUACUAAGAACUAUUAAGGAUGAUCAGUCUGAAGAAAAAUAUAAUGAGAAUCAAUUGAAAGUUCAUGCUUUAAGUCUUAGUCCUAAUGACAAACAUUACCAGCAAAGUGGCCAUGCAAUGAAGACUUGUUCUGGUGAGAAUGAUGUGACAGACAUUGGAAACAGCAUGUUAUACCUUAAUCAUCCAAUUAGAACAUUGUCUGACAAAUUAUUCAAAAAAGUUAAUCAGAAUAAUGUUAGUAGCGAAGGGAAUGUGUCUAUAAAUGUUAGAGACACUACACCCACCAUGAGUAGUGCUCCCUGUGGAGACAGCUUCUUCGAUUCACCCAUCACCCUAAGUAAGUCAGUCAAGAAACAGAAGACAGUGCCACAAGGAGAAUCAACUCCAAAAUUCUCCUUUGUUGGAAGAAGAAGAGAUAGUUCCCAUGUAAAGAAAGUGGAAGAAAAGAAUGAUUUGGAAGUUGGAAGAUCUCCAGUUUUUCGACCCUCUCAGCCACAGCAACAUCACAAUAAAGGAGUUCCUACCCCAACACAAUUUAUUGAAAAUUUGGAUGAUACAUCAGAUUUUGCCGAUUUUUAUGAAGAUUGUGAAAUUGCUGACAGCUCACCAACUCAGUGUAACAAGAAACAGGGUAUUACAAUUGGAAGGAAUAACAAAAAAAUUGCUAAUCAGGCCUUGCUUCUGAGGCCCAACAACACUGUCAAUGACAUUCAUGAUGCAGGUGAUGACAAUGAGGAUGUUAAUGAGUCAGUUCCAUUGGCAUCAAGGGCAAGGGAAAGCCUGAGUCGGAAAGUGAAUUCCAAGAUGGCAUCUAUGGAAAACACAACUCCUUCCAAAGCAGUUGACACCAAGGCUCGUUUUCAUGGUAAUGUGCAAAAUGAUGGAGCUACUGGAGAGUUCAGUGGCAUGAAUUAUCCACACACCAGGGAAAUGUUAAAGAUAUUCCACCAGCGUUUUGGUUUGCGAAGAUUUCGGGAAAAUCAAAAAGAAGUGAUUAAUGCAGCACUGCUAGGGAAGGACUGUUUUGUUCUCAUGCCAACAGGAGGAGGCAAAAGUUUGUGCUAUCAGCUGCCAGCAUGUGUGGCAGAUGGUGUGACCAUCGUUGUUUCACCUCUCAAGUCUCUUAUACAGGACCAAGUACAAAAAUUAGCUUCUCUUGAUAUUCCUGCCGGCCAUAUGUCUGGAGACGUGAAUAUUCGCGAUGAAAACCAACUUUGUGCAGAGCUGAUGAAACGUGAAAUAAGUAUCAAGCUUCUUUAUGUUACACCUGAGAAGAUUAGUGCAAGUCAAAGAUUUUCUGGUAUUUUGGAAAGUUUGUAUCAACGUCAGAAGUUGGGAAGAUUUGUCAUAGAUGAAGCUCAUUGUGUAUCACAAUGGGGACAUGACUUCAGGCCUGAUUAUAAGAAGCUCAAUGUUCUUCGUCAGCGUUUCCCUGGAGUACCAACCAUUGCCCUAACAGCAACAGCAACACCCAGAGUCAGAGUGGAUAUUCUUCACCAGCUUGGACUCACUGAUCCAAAAUGGUUCCUCAGCAGUUUCAACAGAGCUAAUCUGAAGUAUGUAGUUUUACCAAAGAAGAGCAAAAAAAUAACUAAUGAAAUUGUUGCUUUAAUUAAGGCCAAAUAUAGUAGCCAGUCGGGUAUUGUAUAUUGCCUCUCUCGAAAAGAGUGUGAUACAACAGCUAGUGACCUUGCAAAAGCUGGCAUCAAGGCUGUGAGCUACCAUGCUGGAUUAACAGACCCGGAUAGAGUGUCUGUUCAGUCACAGUGGAUUAAUGACAAAUUCAAGGUUGUGUGUGCAACAAUAGCCUUUGGUAUGGGCAUUGAUAAACCAGAUGUACGCUUCGUCAUGCACUACUCGUUACCCAAAAGUAUUGAAGGUUAUUACCAGGAAUCUGGGAGAGCUGGCAGGGAUGGUGAGAUUGCUGAUUGCACUCUUUUCUACAGUUACCAAGAUAUGCAUCGUAUCAGGAAGAUGAUUGACAUGGACAGAGACAAUUUGCAAGCCAGGAAGACUCACUAUGAUAACUUGUGGCGGAUGGUAGCAUAUUGUGAGAACAAAAUGGACUGUCGUCGUACACAGCUUCUAAAUUAUUUUGGCGAAAUCUUCAGCAGAGAGAACUGCAAGAGAAGUCCAGCUUCUGCCUGUGAUAAUUGCAAGUGCCACGAAUCCUUCACAAAAGUGGAUGUUACACGUGAAACUCGAGCAAUUCUUCAGGCUGUCCAACAGCUGUGUUCUGGAGGAAGAUGGUCCAACAACUUUACUAUCAAUCAUUUUGUUGACAUCUUCAAAGGCUCUGAAGCUAAGAAAGUUAUGGACAGUGGACAUAAUCGGCAUUCACUGCAUGGGAUAGGAAAAUCCUGGACAAGGAAUGAUGCAGAACGAUUGUUCCGCCGAUUGGUACUUGAGGGCUAUUUACAGGAAGAGAUGGUAGUAAUUAGAGAUGAGAUGGCUUGUGCCUAUUUACGACCUGGGUCAAAAUGCCAGGAAUUUCUCAGUAAUCCAAAUAUGAAGUUUGAGUUUGAAAUGAAGAAAGAUGGAAACAAUGAAAGUCGAACAGAAGCAGAUGCAGAACUUGAAAAUGAUGACGAUGAACUGAAGCAGUUGCAAAAUGAUUGUUACACAGCACUUCUUCAAACUGUUAAGGAUUUGGCUGCAGCUAAAGGUGUCAACUACACAAAUGUCAUCAACAUGAUUGCUCUUAGGCUGAUGUCUCUGUCAAUGCCAGAGAGUGAAGAAGAAAUGCUCCUGAUUCCUCACGUAACAAAGGCAAACUUUGAGAAAUAUGGUCAAUCACUUCUGGAUAUUACACAAAGAUAUGCUGCUCAGAAACUUGUAAUUUUGAGUGAUCGAGUAGAGGAAGGAUCGUUUGAUAACUGCAGCUUUGAGGAGAAUGAUGAAAACUCAACUGGGUGGCUAAGUUCAGUGAAUGCACCAGCCUCAGUUUCAUCCCCAUAUUUUGGAAGAGGAAGAGGAAGAGGAAGUCCUGGGAAGAGAUUUGGCAGAGGAUCGAAGCGCAAAAGAAAAUUCUCAGCUGGUCGAGGAAGACCAACAAAGAAGACUAAAACAGGGAAAGAUGAAGAGGCAAGUUACAAUAGUAGUCAAGCUUCAUCUUCACGCUAUGCGGCAUCGCGUAGUAAAGCAGCAGCUUCUAUGGCAGGAAGAGGUAGAGGAACAAGAGGAGGUCAGGGAAGAGGAAAAUCUUCAGGUAAUGCUACAUUAUCUGCCAGAGGACCACCAAAUACUGGGCUGGGACUUUUAAGUAAUCCACAGCCAAGAUCAUUCCUACAGCCAAAGACAUGCAUUGAAAAACCAACAGUAUUUAGUAAUGGUAAUGGGAAGAACAAUUCCAGGUUUAAAUUUAUUGGUAAUAAUAAUAACUAGAAGGGUAAACUGAUCAUUGGGAUAACAAUAGAAUAUUCUUUAGCAGCGUUAAAAUUAAAUUUUGUGUGUACAUUCUCCCUCUGCUGUAUCACAAAGAACAAAACUAAAGAUCUUUACUGUUAGUUCAUUAUUUUAUUAAGAUGAAUGCGCAUUAUUUGAGUUUUACAUUGGUUAUUUUUCUUUCAUUCAUCAUGAGAUAUUACAAGAGGACUUUGAUAGACUGCAGGAAUGGUACAAAUGUCUUCUGGGGGUGAACCAUCAGUCAAGCCAAGAUCUGGGUCAAGGCAACCAGUGACACUUUAUCUCCUGGAAGGAAAAUAACUAGUCUUUCUCUGGGUAUAGAAAACAUACACAAAUUUCCUGGAUCAAACUUCAUUACCUCCCAUUCUCCAAACACAGCAUAACUUUUAUUAAGCAUUUCACUAUUCAUACAAUAAUCACAAGCAAGUAGAGUUCUUGGGAGUGGUUGUAGACAUAAGGUAUAUGGUUGACCAGGUGAGGAUUCUAUUCUGCCACUGUGUACUUAGAAAUAGGUAGUACAUGUGUCACAGAGUGUUAUUAAGGAGUCCUUGUCUAGGUUUCUGAAUAUCAUUGUUAUGCUUAUCAACCUAGAUGGUGCUGUUGAUGUUCUCUAUUUUUCAGGAGAUAAGUUUGGUGUAAUAUUUAUUCCCAAGUCUUGCAGUUUUAUGAGUUUGCUCUUACUGGGGUCAAACUCUAGCACCCACUAGUUCAAUAAUACCUGAUGUCUAACCAGGUCUUCUUGCACUUAUCUACCAUCCUCCAUUUUUAUACACACAAUUUUGGCAUCAAAUGCAAACAAGGAUAUAUAGGAAGCUACUAUUGUUGAUAGGUUAUUAACAUACACCAUGGUUUUUAGCUUUGAGCACUGGAAAGAGACUGCUGGUUAUGCUUGCUCAUCCUGACACGCCAGAACUCUUAUCAUUAACUAGUACUGGUACGCUGCCUGUUAGACUUUUGUAUAAGUGUAUGAACAACUGAGCUAUAAUACUGUACUGUACAGAACUCUUCCAAAUUGCUAUGAAAACUGAUACUGUACUAAUAGAAUAAAUUAAGCUAAACACAAACUGGAAUUUGUUUAACUUUAUAAAAAAAAAAAUUCAACAUGUUGGCCAUCUCCCACCGAGGAAUUAGGUGGCUUAUUUUUAAUAACACAACUGAGUAGCUGUAUAUAUAUAUGAUAAAGAAUACGAAGGUGACUGGCUAUAGUAAGUAUUGUACAGCAUUGGUGUUACAAUGACAAUGCAUAUUGUUAUUGCUGGAUAUAAAAUUUAUAUUAAGGAAGUACAUUUAUUACUUCUCCUAUGUGUUGGUUGUGUAUUGUUCCCAUCACAGUAUUGUGCCUUUUUACUCUGAGUAGGGCUGUAUAGCCCUUGUGGCUUAGCGCUUCUUUUUGAUUAUAAUAAUAAUAAUAAUUUACUCUGAGUACAUUAUUAUACUCUCAGAUCAUUAAACCUCUUGGGGUAAUAGUAAAUAGGGAAUGGGAAGUACUUACAUUUGAUUCAAGGAUGGGGAGACUAUCUCCAAUUCCUUGGAACAAGAGCCCUUCAGCUGUAAAUUACAAAUUAUUCUCAUUUUGUUGGACAUUGCAAGUAGGCCUGUUCAUUUAUAAAUGGAGAAAUGUCAAAAAAAAAUAAUUAUUUUAAUUAUUCUUCUCAGUGACCCCCACAGUAUUCAGUUGCAUAUGAACUUUAAGGUACCUCACUUAUUUUUUAUGCAUAUUGAAAUUAUUAUUAUUAUCACACUGGCCGAUUCCCACCAAGGCAGGGUGGCCCGAAAAAGAAAAACUUUCACCAUCAUUCACUCCAUCACUGUCUUGCCAGAAGGGUGCUUUACACUACAGUUUUUAAACUGCAACAUUAACACCCCUCCUUCAGAGUGCAGGCACUGUACUUCCCAUCUCCAGGACUCAAGUCCGGCCUGCCGGUUUCCCUGAACCCCUUCAUAAAUGUUACUUUUCUCACACUCCAACAGCACGUCAAGUAUUAAAAACCAUUCGUCUCCAUUCACUCCUAUCAAACACGCUCACGCAUGCCUGCUGGAAGUCCAAGCCCCUCGCACACAAAACCUCCUUUACCCCCUCCCUCCAACCUUUCCUAGGCCGACCCCUACCCCGCCUUCCUUCCACUACAGACUGAUACACUCUUGAAGUCUUUCUGUCUCGCUCCAUUCUCUCUACAUGUCUGAACCACCUCAACAACCCUUCCUCAGCCCUCUGGACAACAGAAAUAUUAAAAAUAAUUUAUUUGUGGUAUAAUUAAUACCGUACAGAGUAUGUAAAUUUCUUAUAACUUUGUUUAUAAAAAAAUCUUAAUAAAAAUGAAUGUCACUGCACUUGUGUGGUCUUUGUACAUAAUUUUAUUUUUAUGUCAGCCCUGUAUGACCCCUGUGGGUUUAGCACUUCUUUUUUAUAAUAAUUUAUAUUUUAUGAAGGAUGGCUAGCACUAAUUCCUCACAGUCUAUGUAGUAUUGUCAGUGAAGGAAUUAUUACAAAGAAUGAAUGGGGACAGCCAAAACUUAAAAUACCUGGGGGUGGGUUCCGGGGGUCAAUGCCCCCACGGACUGGUGCAUGACCAAGCCUCGUGGUGGAUCAGGACCUGAUCAACCAGGCCUUUACUGCUGGCCGCACGUAAACCGACAUGCGAAUCACAGCAUGGCAACAAAUGCGGACAGCAAGAAUGCUAGAGGCUAACUGGGUGCAAGUAAAGCGGACCAGUGCGGGUAUAGAGAAGAGAGAUGAAUCACGUACCGAGCCCAACAUGGCACACAAUUUGAAACUUAUGAAUCUUUCAUUUCUGGCAUUUUCCAUUUAAUAUUUCGGGCCAUGAUAAACAGCGGAUAAAUGAAACCGAAUCCAGGGAUACGGGUUCUACUAUGUAUACUAUGAAAGUUGAUAUGAAGGUAAGAUCAGUUUCAAUUCUAUGGGUCAAUGGCCCUUCAAGCAUCAAAGCCCCUACCUCAUCCCUCCUUGAAGAAAUGGAGGAAUUAAGCAUCACCAUUUUAGAGCUGUAUGACACAGGUUUAGUGCUUCCUCAUGAAUAAAAUCAUAUUCCAUUCUAAUUGAGGCCCAAUUAUUAUACAGUAUGUAUUCAGAAAAACUCUAUACCCAAAUGGGUUAUACAAUAAAGGAGACCAGAGUGAAUGAAACCGACAAGCUGUUACAGCUUGUUGGUUCCAUUCUGCUUUGGAAAAUGGUUUAAACAAUUGAAUCUGCAUUCUUCAACAAAUCUGGCACAAAAAGAGGCAGUUUAUAUUUUUUAUAUAUUAAAAUCUUAAAGCAUUCUUAGAUUAUUUUCUAAUAUCUUUAACCAAUUAUGGAAAAUAAAUACUGUACAAUACCAAAGUAUUAAAAAAUUAAUUUCCC